CGUUGAUGUCGGGAAGGGGCCCUCACUUGACAGGAAGCUCGAGCCCAAGAGGACGCGACUCAUCCGCUGCCGUGGACCGAACCCCUCUCUCUCACCUCCUCCGGGACACUGGACGUCUUUUCCUCGGGACGUUAUUUCAACCCGUACAAGCGACUCUUUAAAUCGGCCCCAGACCCGGAACUUCGGUGGAAGCGUCCGAUGCGCUGAGCGAAACGGAAGUAACUUGCCAGCUGUCUGGCUAAUCUUUGCUAGUGUCUGAAUGCCAACUCAGGGGGUAAUGGAGUUGAGCAGGCAACUCUGUGGGAAGAUCCGGACGUCCAACAAGAAGCCUCUACUCUCCUCUUCCCCUACAACCUGUUGGGGCCUGGAGAUCCACUUUUACACACCAGAGCUGCACCAGCUGGAGUACUUCAAAGGAUGCUUCAGUGUUGAGGAACUCUGUGAGGAUGCUGCCAAGGCCUGCUCAAUCUCUCCCUUGUGCCACAACCUAUUUGGCCUGUACAUUGAGUCGACAGGAAUAUGGUGCCCUCCCAACUAUGAGUUCAAAGUCACAGAUGAUACCAGUAUCAAGUUGCAUUAUCGCAUGAGGUUUUAUUUCAGAAAUUGGCAUGGCACCACCGAGGGAGAGUCUCCAGUUUGGAGACACUGCAUCAGUAAACUCAAAGGAGAUAAAAAUAGCCCACAGAAAACACCGGAGGGAACGCCCCUGCUCGACGCUGCGUCUCUGGAUUACCUGUUUGCACAGGGCCAGCAUGAUUUCCAGAAAGGAUUCGUUCCACUGAGGACGUCCCAGUCAGAGGCAGAGCAACACGAGAUAGAAAAUGAGUGCUUGGGCAUGGCUGUGCUUGCCAUCACUCACCAUUCCAUGAACCAGCCCAUUGCUUCCAAUGAAGUCAGCUACAAACGUUUCAUCCCGGAGUCCCUGAACCGCAACAUCAAGCAGCGCAACAUUCUGACACGCAUCCGCAUCAACAACGUCUUCAAGAAAUUCCUCUGUGAAUUCAACCGCCGCACGGUGAAGGACAGCAACAUCACUCCGUACGACCUGAAGAUCAAGUACUUGGCCACACUGGAGGGCCUGACCAGCGGCCUUGGCAGCGAGCUGUUAGAGCCCGUCACGCUCAGUGUGACACGGGAAGGAGAUGUCAUCAGUGGAGUGUACUACAACCAGAACCAGGGGCAGAGCCUGACUCAGAAUGUGAAGACGAGCCGUGACAUGCAAGUUUUGGUUACUGGUACCAAUGGCAUUUCCUGGAGAAACAAGCCUGCUCCAAUGUCUGUGAUCUCCAAAGAAAAGGGUAAGUCAAAGAAGAACAAGCUGGAUGGAAAACAGAAUAGCAAAACAAAGAAAGAUGCAAGUGACGACUGGGUGGUGUUCUGUGACUUCCACGAGAUCACGCACGCCGCCAUCGAAGAGUCAACAGUCACCAUCAAUCGACAGGACAACAAGAGGAUGGAGAUGCAAAUGGCUUCUCGGGCCGAGGCCCUGUCCUUUGCGGCCCUUGUAGACGGUUACUUCAGGCUGACAGUUGAUGCCCACCACCACCUAUGCAAGGAGGUGGCGCCUGCCUCAGUGGUGCACAACACCGACAAUAGUUGCCAUGGACCCAUCAGUACGGAUUAUGCCAUCCACAAGCUGCGUCAAGAGGGAAACGAUGAGGGCACCUACAUCCUGCGCUGGAGCUGCACUGACUACAAGUACAUCAUCAUCACUGUGGUCUGCACUGAGAUGGACCUGAUAGAGACUCGUCCCGUGCGCCAGUACAAGAACUUCCAGAUAGAGGUGACACCUAAUGGGUACAGCCUGUACGGCACCGAAACAUUGCGGCCCACUCUAAGGGAGCUGCUGGAGCACCUGGAGGGCCAGAGUCUUCGCACCGACAACCUCCAGUUCCAGCUGCUACGCUGCUGCCCCCCACAGCCUAGAGAGAUUUCGAACUUGCUGGUGGUCACUAAAGACCGAGCCCCGGCCGUGCAGACGUCCACGCAGGAGAGUCAGUUCAGCUUCAUUCGCAUUCUGAAGGAGGAGAUUGAACAGGAGGAGCACCUUGGCCGUGGCACAAGGACCAACAUCUACUCGGGCACACUGCGGGUGAAGAGUGAGGAGGAUGAGGAUGCAGGCUACUCGUCCUUCCAGGAGUUCAAGGUUGUCCUGAAGGAGCUGGGUUCUGGACACAGAGACAUCUCCUUCGCCUUCUUUGAAACAGCCAGCAUGAUGCGACAAGUGUCCCAUAAACACAUAGUGCUACUGUAUGGAGUGUGUGUUCGCCAACUGGAAAAUAUCAUGGUGGAGGAGUUUGUCCAACACGGACCACUGGACCUGUUUAUGAGGAGACAGCUAAUUCAACUCAACACUCCAUGGAAGUUCCAGGUGGCCAAGCAGCUGGCCUCUGCUCUCAGCUACUUGGAGGACAAAAAGCUGGUCCAUGGUUUUGUCUGUGCCAAGAACAUCUUGUUGGCCAGAGAUGGAGUGGGUGAUGAUGAGGGAGGUCCCUUCAUCAAGCUCAGCGACCCAGGAAUACCAAUCACAGUGCUCACCAGAGAGGAGUGUGUGCAUCGUAUCCCGUGGAUCGCUCCGGAGUGUGUGAAGAACUCGUCUGCCCUGAGCAUCGCAGCUGACAAGUGGGGCUUUGGUACCACACUGUGGGAGAUCUGCUACGAUGGAGAAGUUCCCCUCAAAGAGAAGAAACUCACAGAGAAGGAGAGGUUUUAUGAAACCAAGUACCAGCUGCCCACCCCGGACUGCAGUGAGCUGGCAGAUCUGAUGACGCGUUGUAUGAACUACGACCCCAAGAAGAGACCGUUCUUCAGGGCUAUUGUCAGAGACAUCGACAAUCUGGAAAAAGAAAACCCAUCAAUAAAACCCCAACCUGUACCUGAUGUGGACCCAACGGUGUUUGAAAUGAGAUUCCUGAGGAGAAUCCGAGACCUGGGAGAGGGCCACUUUGGUAAAGUGGAGCUGUGUCGCUAUGAUCCACGGGGAGAUAGAACUGGCGAGCUGGUGGCGGUGAAGUCCCUGAAGCCCGAGAACCGGGACGAGCAGUGCAACAACCUCUCGAGCGAGAUCAACAUCCUGAAGGCGCUCUACCAUGAAAACAUCGUCAAAUACAAGGGCAUUUGCCAAGAGGAAGGGGGUCAGGCCAUCAAGCUCAUCAUGGAGUAUCUUCCACUGGGCAGCUUGAAGGAGUAUCUGCCCAGGAACAAGAGCAAGACCAGCCUCAGCACCCUGCUCAGCUACUCCAUCCAGAUCUGCGAGGGAAUGGAAUAUUUGGGAUCUCAUUUUUACAUCCACCGAGACCUGGCUGCCCGAAAUGUGCUGGUGGAGAACGAGAGGACGGUAAAGAUCGGAGACUUCGGCCUCACCAAGAGCAUCAAGGACAAUGAGGGAUAUUACACCGUGAAGGACGACAACGACAGCCCAGUUUUCUGGUACGCUCCGGAGUGUCUGACUCAGUGCAAGUUCUACCUCGCUUCAGAUGUGUGGUCCUUCGGGGUGACGAUGUAUGAGCUCAUCACUUAUUGUGACUCCAGCAAGAGCCCGAUGACGCUCUUCUUAGGUAUGAUUGGUCGAAGCCAGGGACAGAUGACCAUCAUCCGACUGGUGAAGGUGUUGCAAGAAGGCAGGAGGCUGCCGCGCCCUGAGACCUGUCCUGAGCCCGUGUACGACCUGAUGCGCAGGUGCUGGGAGCAGUCGCCCGACGGGAGGAUCUCCUUCAAGUGCCUGAUCGCGGAGCUGAGCACCAUGCUGAAGCAGCUCCAGCCGCAGAACAACUUGUGAACCUCAUCGCCUGUUUGAGGUCCCGGGAGUCACAGGGACUUUUGCAUGCAGACACGGGAACAAAUGCAAGCGACGAAACUGGCCUCAGAUCAGCAUUUGCUUGUGCAAUUUCGUUUUACAGAGAGACGGAGUCAGGGCUUCACGCAAAGUCGCGCUUCUUUACAUAUAACUAUCAUUUUAGUCGGCCAUAUAUAUUUUUUAACAUUUUUAAUGGAUAUUCACUUAUUCUUGUGUUUUCAUUUGAUUAUAGAGGAUGAAACCAGUACAUACUUGUAGCUAUGUGACCUUAUAGCUUCCAAAAAGACUUCCAAGUAUAUCUAACACAUGUAAUUGUGAGAAACUCACAUGGACCUGUCACUUAUAGAUUCUAGUGGCUCUGGCGGGGGUUGUUUGGUCAUUGUUUGGACUUGAGGCCUGGGAUCACUCUCACUGAUGGAAGAUGGAAAAAGGAACCAGAGCAGAGAGGGGAGCAGUUUUAAUGCUCAAGGGAUCGCUGAUCAAUCGUGUUGAGAAAAAGGGCUUGAAUGGACAAGACCCAGGAAACUGAAGAAGUGGUUUUUCAGCGUUUUGUGCCACCGCUGUUUGUUGCCUGGACUCAUUUUCUUUGGGAAAAGAAAUUCGAGAUUUCGAUGUUGAGAGCCAUGAAAGGAUCUGUGAUGAAUGUUUAGAUUUUCUGUCACCAGUGUCCCUGUCACUUGUCAUUAUGAAAUGGUUUCAUUCGUUGGUUCUAGAUUCUCAAUCUCCUGCUUUAUAACUUGUGUAUCUUCGGGUUUCCGGGCUCUUGAUUCGACACAAACACUGAUUUGAAGAGAGUAGCUCGAGUUGUAGAUCAGUUUUAAAGCGUUUUUUCAGACUUCUAAUCGUCAAUAUUGAGAAAAUACUCCCACGAAAAAUCUUCAUUUUCUGCCUAAGUUUUCUUUACUUGUAAUAACCGCUGCCGUACUUGUGAAGAUACCAAGAAUACUGUCUUUGUAGCGAAGCAGUUUUCAGUUGCAUUCUGUACCUGAUCAGAAAAUCUCAUUUCUUAUUAUAUUUUACAGAUUAAAUUAUACAUUUUUUUUAAAUAGCACUAUAAAUAGAAGUCCGAUCUUCAGAUGUAGGAGGAUGAAUGACUUGUAUUUUGAAUUUCUUUGAUCAGGUGGAACCUUUAAAAAAAAAAAAAAGAACAAUUAUGCAUAUGGUUAAUCGUUUAUAAUUGCAGCAGCACUUGUGUUGUUCAGGAGUGACAGGUUGAGGCACGUAUCCCCCACCAGAGGGCAGCAUAACUUCAUGUUUCUUGUCCUCUACCGCUCAUUUAAUUAUUUGUAUGUGUGAAUAUGUGUGUACUGCAAGAACCAGAGCCAACUGUCAUCGUUGCAGGACGUCAGAUUGUCCAGUGUAUAAAGUGAGGGAUUAACCAGUGAUGAUUAUUCACAUGGCAUUUUAUUUUCCAGACAAUUUUAUUUCUUUAAAGGUAUAUUUGUUCAUUUUUAUUCGUAAAAUGUUUGUUUCUAAUUCUCCGAUAUGCCAGGAAAUGUGUAAAAGUGUAUUUUAUCUGUGUAUAUGUGAUAAGGUUUGAGCAGAGGGUUUUUGGAUUUGUUUUAAAUUCAUCAGUGUGUAGCAUUGUAAUGUCGAUCGCUCACAUAUCACAAAAUACACAACUGGUCAGUUCAGUUUGACGCAAGUUAUGACUUUUACUGUGAUUGUUGGCAAAAAGUAAAACAAAAAACCUCAACAACAAAAAGACACAAUUCGAUUCAGUCCACGUUUUUAUUUAGGAAUGUAAAAGACAAUUCCUUCUGCUCAAAAUAAGAGAAAAGAAAUAUAUUUUUCAAAAUAUAAGACAAAAUUAAGAAUUAUGGAAGAUAAAAGUAUCCAUAAAUACACAAUGAAAAAAUAAAUAAAAUCAGUGUUUGUUUUGUC